GAGAGAGAGAGAGAGAGACAGGACACACAUACUGAAGCUGCGCUGCUGUAUGCACACCGACCAGGAGAGAAGAGAAACAAUCGGACAACAAACUGAAACUCAGUGCUACAGACAAAGAAGGAGUCAAAUCUGACAAACAUCAUGGAGGACAACAACACACAUUGUGACUCCAUUGAUGACUUCCGUAACCAGGUUUACUCCACAGCUUACUCUCUCAUCACCGUCUUAGGCUUGGUUGGGAAUGGCUUGGCCCUGGUGGUGCUGAUAAGAACGUACCGCGAGAGCUCCCCAUUUCACGUCUACAUGCUGAACCUGGGUGUGUCUGACCUGCUGUGUGUCAUGACAUUGCCAUUGCGAGUGGUCUACUACGUCAAAAAGGGCCAGUGGAACUUUGGCGAUUUCCUCUGCCGCAUCAGCUCCUACGCCCUCUACGUCAACCUCUACUGCAGCAUCUACUUCAUGGCGGCCAUGUCCUUCACACGCUUCCUGGCCAUUGUGUUCCCUGUGCAGAACAUGCGGCUGGUGACAGAGAACCGCUCCCGGCUGGUGUGUGUGUGUAUCUGGGUCGUCAUCUGUCUCUUAUCCUCCCCCUUCCUGAUGUCCGGUCAGUCAAUGGACCAGUUAACAAAUAAAACCAAAUGUUUUGAACCUCCAAAACCUGGAAAUGUGCAGAAACUUCUUGUGCUGAACUAUUUGUCUCUCGGGGUGGGCUUCAUCCUGCCCUUCCUGGUCAUACUGGUCUGCUACGCUGGCAUAGUGCGCGCCCUGCUGUACCGCAACCACACCGCCCGACGUCAGCGGGUCACGGACACCAAAGUCAUUCGGAUGAUCGUCAUUGUCCUGCUGACCUUCCUCAUCAGCUUCAUGCCCUACCACGUGCAGCGCACCAUCCACCUGAACUCCCUGUCCAGGAAAAAUGCCCCCUGCUCGGAGCAGAUUGCCAUGCAGAAGUCUGUUGUAGUGACACUAAGCCUGGCUGCUGCCAAUUCAUGCUUCGAUCCACUGCUUUACUUUUUUUCUGGAGAAGGUUUCCGCAGUCGCUUGUCCUCCCUGAAGCGGUCAAUGAAGAGCAACAACCAGAACCGCAUUGCCAGGAUGAAGACCACCACUAACCCAGGGAUUGUGGAGAACCACCAGCUAAAGGCCAGUUAAGUUACACCAGACAAAACCAGUGUCAUCAAUCAAGAAGCUUAAGAUAUGAUGAAAUAGCUCAGGAUAUUGUGUGCCCUCAUUUACAACCAAGAAGUAUUCGAGAGGAAACAAAAAAGGCACAGAGAAAGCUAUAACUAUAAGGGCUAGUUUACUCAUGAACAGAGUACUUAAACAUUUCAGAAGAAUCUCAGGAUGUUCUUUUUCAUUCAAAUUUAUAUUUAUUAUUCUAAAGAAUCUAUAUGUUCAAUAUUUGCAUUAUUAUCAUUGCAGUAAUCAGUAGCAAGAAAAAUACUCAAUCGGUGGAAUAAAAAUAUAUAAAUACACAGUGUACCAAUGUAUAAAUGUAUUGUACUGAUGUCUUUUGACUUAUUCUUGUACAGCACAGCAUGUUUUGUGCCAAUGUUAAUGUUGUAACGCCAAUAACAACACUUUUUUUUUACGAUGUAUGAUUUUCCUUGCUUUUCAUUAGGACUUUCACUCAAUUUGAAUUCACAUGUGUUUUUGUGCUACUGAUACUUUCUGAAUAUUUCCUGUAAAUAUGUUGAUGAGGAUGAAUUAUUAUUUUCUGCACUCUG